AGUGUGCGGAUCUCUCAUACAAACCUGUAAAAUGUCGAAAGUAACGUUUAAAAUCACGCUGACGUCGGACCCGCGGUUACCAUAUAAAGUAUUAAGUGUUCCUGAGAGCACACCAUUCACAGCGGUUUUGAAAUUUGCAGCAGAAGAGUUUAAAGUGCCUGCAGCUACCAGUGCCAUCAUUACAAAUGAUGGCAUUGGAAUCAAUCCGGCGCAGACAGCAGGAAAUGUGUUUUUGAAACACGGCUCAGAACUACGAAUCAUUCCCAGAGAUCGGGUUGGAGGAGGUCACCAGCCCAGGAUGUGACUAUCCAGUGGUUUUCUGUCACAGACGAUGAACAUACUUAUGUAUUUAUUGUCCGGCCUUGAGGUCUCAGCUCUUAGCUGCUCUAAACAAGCAGUGCUGCAGCUCCAGAUCAGUCAGAGGACCUCAUAAAUCUCACCAAGCUGCCACCACAAACACCCUUCCUGAAGACACACACUGGCAGAAUAUUGUUGAUGUUUUGAGCACCAGAAUUACUAGGUAUUAUGAGCUGUCAAAGAAUGUUUAAUAGGAAUACAGUCAUAAUGCAUUGCUUGUAAAAAUGUGCAUUAUGACCUUUACCAGAUAACAACAACAUAAUUGUCAAAUGUCUUCUGCAUGAAUACAAUAAAUUGGAUGUGCAUUAAAGCCACUGCAACAAUCUAAUCAAAAAAUAAGAAUAAUUCAGAUAAAAAAAUAGAAUCAAAUCCUAACAUAAAAACUAAGAGAAAAUGAAAACAUACUUGAAGUGGUCUUAAUGCACAUUUUAUAAAUUCAGUUCAAUGUCUUAAAUAAAAUGUCUGUUUUAAUGUUUAAAAAAAUACAAUUCCCAUUGUCCAUUUUGAGAUGAGACAAUUUAAUAGAAAGCAACGUAUUUUGGCUUGAAGUUUUUGCAUUCUUUGUUUUAUGGUCUAGCAAUUUUGCUUUAAGCUCCUGUAGUUAUUCUGCAGUUAUUGAAUGAUUCAUUGGCUUUACUAUUUUUUUAAAGGUGAGUGGUUGCAAACAAUUGAUAUGAGCUGAAUUAAAACAAACUAAUCAAAUUUAACAAUGUUCAACUUCAUUUGUUUAAAUUCAGCCCAUAUCAAUUGUUUGCUACCACUUACCUUACAAAAAUUUAGAAAAUCCAAUGAAUAUUGUUUUUCAGUGCAUUAACAUUAUUUCUAUACCAAGUAUGGUUACUUAAUCUCUAAAAACAUAACAAAUUAAAUUUUUUAUAAUGUACAUACUUGAUAAAAUAUGUACACACAAGAACCAUUUCCAUAGUUGUUAAAAAUAGUGUUACAUAAACCAAUCUGACAUCCAAUUUCUCAAAAGUUGCUUUAUGCCCACUCAAGUCAGCGGUUGUGCCUUUUCAUUAAGGCUUAAAAUCAUGACUUACUGCAAGACCUGAAUAGUGCAUCAGGCUAAUGAAUAGCGGGCCUCUACCUUUGCUUUUUGCACCCUCCACUUUCCCUCCUUCCCUUACAUUACAGAGAGGCAGAGGCGAAGGUGGAGGAGGAGUGUCUGACUAUUCAGUGUCAUAAUGGAUCUUUCAUUUGUUUUAAUAAAAGAGCAGGCAUGCUGUGCCCUUUCCGUGCCACUCAUUACUGAGGAAAGGGGAGAAGUGCAUUAUAAAUACAGCAAGGCCUACAUUAUUCAAACGCAGACAUGUUACUCUGGAUCACAUUUGAAAAGGCAUCACUUGCCUCCAGCCUCAUUUAGCAGGAAGUGAUGCGGUUUGUUCAUUAGCCGGGAAAGAGCUGUGCUUUUAUAGAAACUAACAAUUUCAUUUAUGUGAGGAAUGUCAAAUUGACUAGUCAAAAAAGUUACAAAUACACUUACAGUACGAGUGUUCAUGUCAAAAACAUUAAAAAAAGCAUUGAAUAUCAAA